GAGUCUCGCGCUGCGCUCGUGCGGAGGAUAGAUAGCCUACUGAGCAACUGCCUCCCUUUGCGCUGGAUUUAAUUCAACAAACAGACCUACGGGACGGGAUGGAUAGAAUACAAGGCGAAACGCGCGGUCCCUAGUUACUGACGCGAUCUCGUCACGACAUGUCACUUGUGAUGACAGAGCCGUCUGUGGGCUUCAUUGAAUAUGCGUAACGAGAGAAGCAGAUACCAUUCAAUCAUCGGCGAUGAACUUGAAUUUCCAUUCCUCCACAUCACCGGGAGGACAUGGCUCGAUGCGCAUAAUCCCAAAUUCUGUGGAACAUAAGUAAUAUUUGCAUCAUCACAGCAAGGCGUCAGUAGAACAGUUUGGUUUGUCAGUGCACAGCGCAUUAUGUCCGUUCACUGCUGCAUUGAUGUAAGGGAAACGCCGGAGCGGAGGACAGACCGAGCCGUCUGGUGAUGUGACAUCCGUCCUGGGAUUACUGCUGGAGUAUCAAACAAUCUGUAGAAAUAAUCUAAUGGACAAUUACUCAACGCUUCAAUUGCAGUGUCUGGAGAUGACGACUAAGAGGAAGAUCAUCGGCCGCCUGGUGCCCUGUCGAUGUUUCCGGGGGGAGGAGGAGGUCAUCUCAGUGCUGGAUUAUUCCCACUGUAGCCUGCAGCAGGUCCCCAAGGAGAUCUUCAGCUUCGAGCGCACGCUGGAGGAGCUUUACCUGGACGCCAACCAGAUUGAGGAGCUGCCUAAGCAACUCUUCAACUGUCAAGCGCUCAAGAAGCUGAGCAUGCCUGACAAUGACCUCUCCAACCUGCCAACCACCAUUGCCAGCCUUGUGAAUCUGAAAGAGUUAGAUAUUAGUAAAAAUGGUAUUCAAGAGUUUCCUGACAACAUCAAAUGCUGUAAAUGUCUAUCAGUUGUGGAGGCCAGUGUAAAUCCUAUAGCCAAGCUCCCGGAAGGCUUCACCCAGCUUCUCAACCUGACACAGCUCUUCUUAAAUGAUGCCUUCCUUGAAUACCUGCCUGCCAAUUUUGGGAGAUUGUCAAAAUUACGGAUCUUGGAACUUCGUGAGAAUCACCUGAAAACUAUGCCAAAGUCAAUUCAUAGGCUGUCGCAACUGGAGCGGUUAGACUUGGGAAGCAAUGAAUUCUCUGAACUGCCAGAAGUGCUGGAGCAGAUCCAUAGUAUAAAAGAGCUGUGGCUGGACAACAAUUCAUUACAAACUAUACCAGGGUCUAUUGGGAAACUGAGGCAGCUGCGGUAUCUAGACUUGGCGAAGAACAGGAUUGAGAGUCUAGAUGCAGAUAUCUCUGGCUGCGAGUCCUUAGAGGACCUGCUUCUCUCCGCCAACAUGCUGCAACAGUUACCUGAUUCAAUAGGAAAGUUGAAAAAGUUGACAACAUUAAAAGUUGAUGACAACCAGCUCACCUCACUGCCUAACACCAUUGGAAGUGCACAUGGCAAAAUCGGUUUAUCACUUUUAGAGGAGUUUGACUGUAGCUGCAAUGAACUGGAAUCUCUGCCUCCCACCAUUGGCUACUUGCACAGUCUUCGGACAUUUGCAGCCGAUGAGAACUUCUUGUCUGAUCUGCCCAGAGAGAUUGGAAACUGCAGGAAUGUCACGGUCAUGUCCUUGCGCUCCAAUAAACUGGAGUUUCUGCCUGAUGAAAUUGGACAGAUGACAAAGCUACGUGUUCUCAAUCUAAGUGACAAUAGGUUAAAGAAUCUUCCCUUCACUUUCACUAAAUUGAAAGAUCUUGCUGCACUCUGGUUAUCUGACAAUCAGUCCAAGGCCCUUAUCCCCCUUCAAACAGAGGCUCAUCCUGAGACCAAACAGAGAGUCUUGACCAACUACAUGUUCCCUCAGCAGCCCCGGCAUGAUGAGGAUUACCAGUCUGACACUGACAGCUUUAAUCCCACUCUCUGGGAGGAGCAGAGACAACAGAGAAUGACUGUGGCGUUUGAGUUCGAGGACAAGAAGGAGGAAGAGGACAACUCAGGAAAAGUGAAGGUUGAGAUUAAUUUAAAGCGUUAUCCCACCCCGUACCCAGAAGACCUCAAGAACAUGGUGAAGUCAGUGCAGAACCUGGUGGGUAAAACCACUCACCCCCUAAACACUGAAAAAUGCUCUUCUGGGACCAAUAUGGAGCUCCACAGCCAAGACAAGUAUGAGCCUAAGUGGCCCAUUGCUCCAAAGGAGGUGACAGAGCGAGACGUCAAAGACUUUUCAAAUCAACAGAUGUCUGAUCAAGGUGUCAUCCUCAACUCAGCCAUUGACAUCCCAAAACGCAAAGAGGAUCUGACUGAAAGCUCGGAAAUUUCUUUACACCGCGUCGUUCCCAAGCCUCAACAGCCAGAGAAUACGAGCCUGGCCGUUACUUCCUCUUCCUGUUUCUGCCUCAUAGACUCCAUGGGAGGCUCCCCGAAUGAUAUCCGAAUCUCUGACAUGAGACCAACUCUGGUCGAGCCACCAAUGUACAAACCAAAAGUUGUGUUACUGGGCAAGGAAAAAAAAGAGUCGACGGAUGAGUCUGAACCAGACAAAAUGCAUUGUUUGAACAACAGCGGAUCAUCUGCCACUUAUUCAGACUACUCACCCUCCCAGGGAUCAUCUGGCUCCUCCAACCCACCUGGAAAUGUCAGUAAUCUGCAGACAUCUGGGAAAGAGGGGUCAUCACAGACUCACUGGACCAACAGGCUGGCUCAGUCUUUCCCAAAGCCCAUUGAAACCAAGCCUCUUCUGAGCCAGAGGGAAACACCUCCUUCCAGCACGCUGCAGCAGCGAGGUGAGAGGCGGCCACUCAGCGACACCUUCGACAGCUGGAACGAUGCCCCCCACUAUGAUAACACAGGUUUUGUUGCUGAGGAGAUGCCUCUUGACACUCCGAGCAGCAGUGCUGGAAACCCCAUGCUAGGCUCAAAGCCCCGGAGUGCAUCGACAGCACAUGGGCGACGGCCUCUCAUGAGACAAGACCGCAUUGUUGGAGUUCCCUUAGAGCUCGAUCAAUCACAACAAACUUUCCACACAGUUCGCAACACCCCUGACACUGAAGUGCCUGCUCCAUCUAACCCCUGGCAGAACUGGACGAGGACUCCCAGUCCCUUCGAGGACAGGACAGCUUUCCCUUCCAAGCUGGAAAUUACACCAGCCAACAGUCCCAAUCCUGACCGUAAGGACUUUGAGCAGGAGAUGGGAGAACUACCCGGCACUUUCCCCUCAACUGGAGCCUGGGGGUUUCUGGACUCUACAGACUCAGGGACGGGACGAGGUCAUCCCAACGUUUAUACGCACAUCCAGGUUGGGAAAGAUCCAAAUAAGGGAAACACUAUGGUUGUUAGCAAAAGUUCUGAAAGACUUUCACCAAUGAUGAGGGAGGUAAAAGCAAAAUUUAAGAAAUCCCAGAGCAUAGAUGAAAUCGAUACCGGGUCAUACAAGGUCUAUAGCAUCCCUAUGGACAGCUACAGUUCUAGUAUAGAAAAUCAGGGAAGUGUUGAUCGAGCAGACUUUCCUAUACCUCUAGAACAAAGCAUGUCCAGGAGCCAAUCAGCGCCAAUGCUGGAUGAUGAUCUGGAUGGCUACGGUUUGAAUAAAAGCUCUCAGCAGCAGAAGCCCGCCAUCCCUAAGAAAGUUUACCAUUUUGACCAAAGCUUCAACCCACAAGGAGCCAUGGAUGUUUUGAAAUCUGAGAGGAGGGUUCCUCCACCAUUCCCCAACACCCCUGAAUAUGUGAACCAGCCUGGAAAGACUUUGCCAAAGGAACUAGUCAGUCCAAGGGGCUAUCGAGGUUAUCCGCAGAUGGAACAAGUAUUUUCAUUUGCUCCGAACGCAGCCACUGAUGACGCUCACAAUCAACAACUCUCUGUCCAGCCCCAACGCUCCAGGCCGGGCUUCCUGAGGCGAGCUGACUCUCUAGUAAGUUCGACGGAGAUGGCGCUCUUCCGCAGAGUGGCUGAGAACCAUGAACUCCAGCUGGCAGAGCACUACAGCAGACCUCAACAAAUUAAGAGCAUGCUGGAGCAACAGAACAGCUUGUCAACCAUGGCUGACACUCAGUUCCACAAGAGGAAUGGUAGGUAUGAUGAAGAUUACUCAUCUUAUCAAGAACCCAAAAAGCCCAUCAUGGGCUAUCCCACCAAGAGUCUGACACAACGUCGCCCCCUGUCUGCACGGAGCUACAGCACAGAGACAUACGGGGCAUCUCAGGCAAGGCCAGUGUCUGCCCGGCCCACAAUGGCUGCUCUUCUAGAGAAAUUGCCUUCAGAUUACAAUCUUAGUACAUGCACUGAGAAAAGCCCUGAAGCCGACAUGAACCUGAGACCUGUCCCUCAAAAACAAGAGGACCUGACCUCCAAAAUGCCAGUAGACUGGAGACAGCAGCUGCUUAGACACAUAGAAGCGAAGAGACUAGACCGGAGCGCUGUCCUUAAGCACAACACAGUAAACUUCGGCAUGCUGUACUCUGGAGGCUAUGCUGCACCGCAUGCCAGCAGAAGCAUGACAAUAAACUUUUACAAUAACACAAAGCAUGAAAACCAAACAACUCAGUGGCUACCUCUACCAAAUACACCUUCACAACAGAGCAAUAUUUUAGAUAAUGGACAAGAGGUCAUGUCCCCGAGUAGCCAGUGGGCGCCGUAUUCACUGGGACGAAGAGACGUGCCACCAGAGAACAUGAAUAUCAUCAAAAAGCCUGGAGUUCACAAUCCCCAUCAACAACAGACGAUGAUGAUUACUUCAGCCCCCCCACCCCACCGAACAGCCCGCGACCAGCAGUAUGAGGGUGCCAUCAACAAGGUGUCCAUUCAGCAGUACCAGUCCCCGCUGCCCAUGCCCAUCACCACCACCAGCCCACGGCCCCAGAGUGCCCGCUGCUUCAUCCAGACUAAAGGCCAGAAGAGCAUGGAUGGCUUUCCAGAACAGCUCUGUGUGAGAAUCGAGAAGAACCCUGGCCUUGGUUUCAGCAUCUCAGGGGGAAUCAGUGGACAGGGAAACCCCUUCAAGCCCUCGGACAUGGGUAUCUUUGUUACUAGGGUACAGCCUGAUGGACCAGCCUCCAACGUUCUUCGACCAGGGGACAAAAUUCUGAAGGCCAACGGACAUAGUUUCUUACACAUGGAGCAUGAAACCGCAGUGUCUCUUCUGAAGAAUUUCCCGAAAACUGUGGACUUGGUAAUCUUAAGGGAGAGCACAAUAUAAAUAUUUUUAUAGCUUAUAAAGACUUCUCACCCCGACGGAACACAGGAACUUGUACAUCAUCUUUUUAUCUAGGAAGAAUUUUGCCAAUUGCUGGACCAAUGGCAAAUUCCAGUGCCAAAUGUACACUAGAGGACAUAUCUAAUAACGUUACAUACGGCUUACACAUUCUGCACCGACAUACAUUGGUUGAAAUCUUUGGUUGAUGUUGUUGAUAUUCUUUAUCUCAGCCUGUGGCUGUAAGUGGGUGCAUUUUUUUCUUCUUUUUCCUGCUUAUUUAUAUGGCGUAUUAUUUUGUACCUAUUUUUCCUAGCAGCUUUUCGGUUUGAGCAUGAAAGCACAUCUGCUUUUAAGGACAUUUACCCACCAUAACACUGCCUCAACUUUGUAAAUGCCUUGUGUAAAUAUAUACAUUUACAACUCAAAUGUGAUUAGAGCAUAGAAUGUGAAUGAAAGACACACUGAUGAUUUUUCUAACACAUCCACCAGUUUUUAUAACAAAUUUAACAAGGGUCACGAUUUAGGGAAAAUGCCGACGACAACAACAAAAAGUCCCCUUUUAAAUCUUGAUGAACGUUCUGUAUUUGCACAAAUCGAAUGACAGAAAAUAUUCCCCAAGCAAUAUUUCUCCCGUCCUUGACGUUUUCCUGCAGCACCCUCUAUUGGUAUUGAUGGAGAUUUAAUUUUAUUUUUAUUCAUUCGCUAGGUAAAGUGAAUGUACGUUUCCACGUUCUUCAAUUUCUCCCACAGCUUUUGUUUGGUGCCAGGAAAAUUCACGCACACAAAUGAUGUAUAAAACAUACUUCACACAUUACAGUUUAAAUGGGGGGAAAACUAGCUUAAUUCCAGUCGCAUUGUUGUUGUAUGCUGCUUUAAGGUUUUUUAAAUCCUUUUUUUAACAGAAUAACAAAGGGAAUUCCUGUCAUAAUGAAUAAAACAGACUAGAUACAGUGUACACAUGUAAGGCUUUACUGAUUAGAGCAUGCUUUCACUCUUAAACUUGUUUUAUUCGGAUGCUUAAUAGGGGUCUUUGUGUUUUGGACAAACUGUUUUGUUUUGUUUUUUUACAUGAACACGGUUUCAUUUCUUUUGGCUUUUUUUAAAUUUGAUUUAUUUUAUAACCAGUCAUCGUUGUGAUAAAACAGUGCCAUAAAAUCCCUCCCAAAAUCCUGGGCAUGUUUCAAAAAUGUUGCUAAAAAUGUAGCAUUUCGAUGAAGAGCUGAGCCCGACACAACACACAACAGCCACUGCGUUUAGCUUCUGAGAAAGGUCAUUACGGAUGGACGAUGAUGAUGCAAUUAACUGUUCAAAUACUAUUGUGAAAGAACAUUUGAUAAUAAUAAUGAUUAUUUUUACUAAAUGUUUUCAGAUGAUUUCUAAUAUAUUGAUAUAUAUAUAAUUAGCUAUGCUCAAAUUGUUAAAUUUUAUAAAGAACACAAAACCAAUGUAUGGACAGAGAGCAAGACUGUGAGGGAUGGAAACACUAGAAACAAAUAUGUACAAUUCUUUCUCAAGUAUAGUGAAUUUGUGUCAUAAACCUAUAUAUGUAUAUGAAUAUACAAAUGGUCAUUUUUGUAUGUGUUUAAAGGCCUAUUGAAUAUAAAAAGGUAAUAUAUGGUACUAUUCAGUCUAAUUGCAGUAUUGAUGUAAAUAAUUAUGAAUGGAGACAUUUAAAUAAUUUAUUACGAUAGAUCGUGAAUGUACUUAAAGCUUUCUGCAGUAUUAAGACUUACUGAACUUGAAUGCCGUUUGAUUUUUUGUGCAAAAAGUAAUUAUAUCUAGAAGAAAUUAUUCAAUUUAGUUUCAAAGAAUUAGUGACGAUUUAUCAUAUCAUUUCUUUGCACAUGCAAGUUUACUCCUUCCGACUUUUUUUUUUUUCCUGUAUUACCGCAAAUAUGUAAUUGACGACAUAUAUUCUGUGUCUAGAAUGCAUUUUGCAGAUGAUAUAUGUACAUAUUUAACAAAUACAUUUUAGUUAAAAAAUUUAAAAUGACAAACCUGUAUAAAAAGGAGAAGAACGUCCAAUGAUGUUAUUGGAGCCAUUUUCGGCUUUGGAGUACAGAAUUUUUUCAGUAUCUAAGAGGUGUUUUGAAUAAUGUAUCUUUAUUGUACAAAUAAUAAAAAUGUCACUAUUGUUA